AAACUAGUGAUUCACGUCGUUGUUGUGUGAGUAAGUAGUGUAGCAACACAGACACAUUUCUUGCCCCAAAUCGAUAGCCAUGAACUCUUUUCUUGCAAGCUCGUAUGCUUCUUCUCCAUUGCUCCCUCUUUUCCCACACUCUUCCAGAACUUUCAGACAACCUCGUUUUCACUCCAACUCCAAUUUUUCUCCCAUGGUUGUCGCAUGUUGCUCCUCUGCACCGUCACACAGUGGAUCCAACCCUUCUCAACAACCACUCCUCAACGACCAAACCCUACACACCGAAGUUGCAACCCCUCAAACCCCUUCGUUUCUUUCGCCCCUUCCCAAACUCACUUCCUCUGACCAAGCCUUCUUUCUCCUCGCAUUCAUCGCUUCCACGACCUCAGUGGCAUUCGCUAGCCUUGUUUUUGCUGCUGUUCCAGCCCUAUUUGCGAUGAGAAAUGCUGCAAUAUCCCUUUCAAAGCUGGCUGAUACAGCUCGUGAGGAGCUCCCUAGUACCAUGACUGCUAUUAGGCUUUCUGGGAUGGAAAUAAGUGAUCUAACUCUAGAACUAAGUGAUCUAAGCCAGGAAGUAGCAGAUGGAGUCAACGCGUCAGCUCAAGUUGUGCAAGCAGCAGAAGCUGGACUACGACAAUUUAGUUCAAUGGCACGACAACAAACCGAGUCCAUGAUCCAAGAGAGGGCGAAUUUGCCCGAAAUUUCUUUGCAACCUGCUGUUGCUGGAGCUGCUAGAAAGACUACUAGAGCAGUUGGCCGAGCCACAAAGAACUUGUUCAAUAUCAUUUCAGGAAGGCAAGGCACAACAGAAUAUGAUGAUGAUGACGGAACUUACGUCUGAGAAAUCUGGUUAGUUCCACCGAAAUGUUUCUACUGUGUGAAUAUUCCAUUUACUUAAUGCACACCACCCAAAUAUAGUGUAGGAAAAAGGAUACUGUAAAUUCAACCGAGAACUAUGUGAACAAUUGAGAUCUUCUGUCGUGAUUUCUUUGAUAAAUUUUUUAUUUUGCUUUUGAUCCUUAAA